AUCAAGCUUGCUCUUUUGAAAAAACCAAAGUUACGAUUUUUCUCUGUAAAGAUCUUUACUUUUGAAUUUGUUUUUGUCUACCUCUCUGCUCCAUACAUCUAAUGAGUAAGAAUAACAAGAAUAAGAAGAAGAAAAUAUCGGAUUUGAAGAACGGAGGCAUUCUAUUGGAGGAGCUAAUUGCUUCGUUUGACGGCAAAACCAAUCCGAUUCGUUGCUUCUCCUCCGAUCAGAUCCUUAAAGCAACUGACAAUUUCUCCGAGAGCCAAGUAAUCUCUAGUUGGGGAUAUUUCAUUUGGUACAGAGGCGUAAUCGAAGAAAGACCAGUUUCAAUCAAGAAAUGGUCCUGUCAAAACCUCUCAAACUUCACAGAAGUGUAUCGAGAUAUCUCUGUAUCCUCUCAGAUGAGUGGACACAAGAAUACCCUUAAGCUUAUAGGUUGUUGUUUGGAAUUUGAUCUUCCAGCUCUAGUCUGUGAAUACGCUGAACACGGACCGCUUAGUAAAGACGGAGGAAUCUCAAGUGGAGAGGUUUUGCCUUGGAAAGUGAGAUUGAAGAUUGCUAAAGAGAUUGCUACUUCUGUGACUUAUCUCCACACGGCGUUUCCAGAGACUAUAAUCCAUCGGAAUAUUAAUCCGACGAAUAUUUUCAUUGAUGAGCAUUGGACGGCGAAGCUUUCUGACUUCUGGUUCUGUGUUGCAAUACCAGAGGGAGAGUUAUAUGUAGAAGAUGAAGUGAAAGGUGUGAUUGGUUUUGUUGAUCCAGAUUAUUACUGGACUAUGAAAGUUACUGAGAAAGUUGAUAUCUAUAGCUUUGGUGUUGUGAUGUUGGUUUUGUUGUCUGGAAGAGCUGCUGUGUUUAAUGGACCUGGUGAGACUCCUAUGUCUCUUAACGAUCAUGUGUCUGAGGUAAUGGAGAGAAAUGGGUUUGAUGAGAUUGUUGAUAAAGAUAUAUGGAAUGGUUUGGGUGGUGGUGAUGAUGAUUUGGUUCUGAGACGGUCACAGGUUGAAGCUUUUCUUAGGUUAGCUUUGAGGUGUGUGAGAUUCAAGAAAGAAGAUCCAGUGAGUGGUAUGCUUGAAGUUGCUAAAGAGCUCAAAUUGAUUGAGAAACUCUCUUAAUUACUCUUCUUUCUCUUGUUAGAUUCUUUGAAAGAAUGAUAACCUCUGAGAAGUUUUGAUGAUGUCUCAAUGUUUUUUGAGUCCUUGUGUUACUAGUCUAUGUCUUGUUCUAUCAUGAAGAAAUCAAGAAAUAUGUAGCUCUCUUUUUAUCGAUUCCAUUAUUGAAUAAAGACAUUGUCUUGGCAAGCCAAAGAGAGUAACUUCAGAACUCAGAUGUCAAAUACUGAACUCUCCUAAGUGUGAGCUUUUUAGUGGUGUCUCAAUGUGUUUGAGUUCUUGUUGCUACUUGUUUUUGUACUUCUCUAUCAAGAGCUCAGACAUUGUUUUUUUAGGGAAUAUAUUAUUCCAAUUUUGAUAUUGCUACCUUCUUCCUUCUUCCUUCUCUUACUUCAUGGUGCUUUUGCUUCUGAGCCGUUGAGAUUGGAUCAAUGGAGUUUCUAUGGGAAUUUUUCACACAGAUGAACUUAUUGUCUUCUUCUGCUCUAAAGGAUAAACCUUUGUAGAGUCUACAAGAUGGAUCGGUUGAGAACAAAGACACACCGGCAGAGAAAUGUCAAAGAUCAGAGCUGAACUGCUGCUGAAUAAUUGGAAGAACUUGAGUAAACAAUUAAAUCACAGAAGCAAGUUGAGAAAGCUCUUGGUGGUGUCCAUUGGUUGAAUGCGUUUCAGGUUUUCUAACGAAUCAAUGUCUAUGUGCAUUGCCUCGGAACCAAAGCUCUUUGUGAAAUGGUGUUCUUGUGUCGCUGUCUUCUCGGUGCAAUGUCUCGGAACCAAAGCCCUUUGUGCAAAUGUCUCGGAACCAAGACAGUAUGUUCAUUGUCUUGUUCUCUGUUCAUUAUCCAGAUAUUGAUUGUUAGCAACGUAAAGAGAAGCAUUCUUAAGUUUUCUUUUGUGUAGACAUAGAGAUGUGGAUAUGGGAUUGUAUAGAUGAAAUUAUUAAUCAAGGUGAGUUUAUAGUUGUGUAUGUGGGAGAAGGUGAUGUGAUUAUUUUGGUUGCUCAUAUAGAUCGAUAGAUUAUUGCGGUUAACGUUAUUAAUUGGAGGACCCGUAGAAUCUUGAAAUACAUUUGGGGGAACCAUAUUUAUUUGUAGUAAAUUAUAUAAUACACCACGGAAUCCAAACAUUUUUUUAUAAACUAAUUCCUAGUAUAAUUUUUUGUAACCCUCCCAAUACUAACUCUGUUUAUCUUUCUUGUUCGUUUCUCUAAUUCUCUUGGCCUCUUGUCAUUAUUAUCGCGCACCCACUGAUCAGAAAGUUUCUUCAAACAAUGAGCACCGGUCGAUCCACGGCUCACACAUGCGUCUUUUGGGACGUCCAGGAUUUCCCGGUCCCUAAUGGUCGCGAUCCGGACUCGAUUUAUGAGAAUAUAAAAAUACUACUGCAAAAGCGUAAGGACCACACUACUGCAAAAGCCACUGAUAAGCGUAGCUCAAAAGAUAAGCGGAGGAAAUUUUCAAAGUAGCUAUUCUCUCUUUAUUUUGUGUGUAUUAAAAACGUUGACAUUUCAUCUUGUUCUGAUAAACUCUGUAUUGGGUUCAGAUGCACUGUUCGUUGCUAAUUCAUUCAUUCUGUCAAUUGUUUCUAA